AUGAAUUCCAGUACAGGAGCUCCCCCGGGGACUUCCAACGAGGACCAUGCCGAUCACACAGUGCCAGUUGAAGUGAGCCAGGCCAGCGAAGACACCAACGAACAGGGUCGCGGCAGCCACGGCCACGAAGACCACGACAAUACCGACGACACCGGCGACAAUGACAGUUACAGCCUCUUUGACAUUUAUAGUGACAUCAGCAACGAUAGUGACAACGACUAUGUCUACAACUCCCACGAGGAGCCUGAAACAGUGCCCCUUGCACAGGCAGACAAUGACCACGGAGGAGGCGACGACCUGUUCAGGCAGGCAAGCUACGACCAUGUCAUGAUCCACACGACAGUCUAUGUCCGUCAGCGGGCAGAUGGAAGCGAUGGCAGCCGUGCAAUUGGCGACACAGAGCCUGCACAGAGUGAGAUGCCGAUGCCUCAGAACAACCGAAUGGGGACUGACGUUUUCCCAGCAAUUGUCGACAUUCAUGUCCUCGCGUCCCCUACCGAGGAUAUGCCAGCAGAAUGGGGCCGUAAUGCGUUAUUCCUAGACAGCUUUCAAGUAUUGCCGAGGAGCAACGACGACAUCUCUGUCAGCCAGAAUGGGCAUAUACCCAAUUAUCAGCUCUUUCAGAUCGACUCCGAGGAUGGGAUGCGGUCCGGCCUCUUCGAGGAUCACCUGAGAAUGCAGUUCCUCGGCUUUCCCGGCAGGCCUUUCGUCUUCCAUGCGUGCCUGGCGAACAAUGACGCCGGUGAGAUCUCCGCUCACUACUCGCCCGACUGGAGUUUCAGCGCCCAGGUGGUCAGGAUCUACAGCCCCUGUUUCAACCGAUUGUAUCUACAACAAAGAGUGCUGACCAUUGGAGAUCAGUCCGUGGCGCUCAACAUUCCGGCCAAGUACUCCUUCAUCUAUGAUGGUCGCAACAUCCAGCUGGUGAUUCGGGAGCAAACUCUGGAAGAACGGGUCAGGAAGCAUGCCAGUGAUCGCUGCAUGGCUCUGAACCACAAUAGCAUCCCCUUAUCCACGGCUUUUGCCGUCUGGGGCCUGCGCUUCGGGGUGCUGCCCCUAGCAUGUCGCAAUGAGGUAGAGAGCGUGUGGCGCAGCAUGGCCUACCUGGCUGAUGAGUUGUACCGUCGCUCAACCCCCGGCGUGCCCGCUCCGCUCCUUGACCGGCAGGGGCUGGAGAUCCUUGCCGUGAGGUUGCAUCGGAGGAGAAUCGACUAUCACGGACGCAUCAUGUACCGGUCGUCGGACCCCAGAGGUGUGCAUAUCGAAGGCCGGCUCGUAUCGGUUGAACUCGUCGACGAUCCGCUGCGCCGCAUGUGCAUCCGGACAGUGGUCGAAGUCGCGAGCGACGUGACUCGGUUCCAUGUGAUCUGCCUUCGACACUCAGCCGACGAGUUUCGCCGCUUCGGCUGGUACUUCUCUAACCGUGGUGACGAUCCUUCUGGCACCUACUACGGUGUUGGCAUUGACCCGCUGCACGAGUGGGUGCCUGGUAAGAUCAUCUACCAGCAGCGAACGAGUCAGGGUCCGCUCUCUUUCGUCGUCAAGGAUGACAACACAGUAAAUGUCCAUGUCGAUGAGAAACGUCUGCACGGUCUGCUUUGGUCCCACCACAGCAGCUAUCCGUGGGCCGUGAGGCGCCACUGGCCCUUGACGAGCCUGGUGUCGCUCUUCCGCGCGUCGAACACCGAUCCGGAGUGCGACCAACACGAGCUGUCCACUGCGGUGCACCGGAUCUUCCAGCUCGAAGUCGACCGCCUGGCUCUCCUCCGAGCCCGACAUGACGAGCACGUGCAUCAGGAGCAGUUCGUCCAUCAUCAGUUCGCCGUAGAAAUAUUCCGCCGCUUGAUCAUGCAUGAAAAGACUGCCAUAAAGACCCGAACCGCGGUCCCCCAGUGCUCUCACGCCGAGUGUGCCGGCACUCUGUACAACAUCGUCCCUCGCCUGAGCAGCGGUGUCUUCUCUCUCGAAUGUUACUUUCUGUACUGGUCCAAGGCUCGGCAGACGACGUUUGGUCUCAUGAUUGAGGCGUUGGAGUGGCGCCACCUCGACCCAUUCGUCGACUUUGAAGCCCUGGAGAUGUCCGCCGUGGGCGAAGAAGGUCCCCCGUUCUGGGAUCCACGUUGCGAGGCCGUUUUCAAUCACGUCUGGCAAAGAGUGCCACUGCCCACUCCAUGUACACCACUCCCAGAACCUUCCUCCGAUGUUCCCUUUCACAUCCCGACAUGGCGCAUGGCCGCACUGCUUCGCCCGCUCGCGAGGGUGUUGGAGGCCAAUUGUUUCCCUGCGAAAGCAGACAACGUUGCAUCCUUUGCUCAAGCACACUACAACAGCUUCUGUGUUCGCACCCGUUACGCCGCCUCAUCAACGAUGUUGAUUCUGCAGAUCCUGGCGCAAUUCGAGGCGUGGCAACAGACCCAGUUCAUCGACCCAAGUCGUCGCCGCCUGGAUCUGUACAAUCAUGCGUGUGCAGCACGUCAAGCUGUCGAGUGGGACGACAUCAGGAGGCAGCGCGAGGCCUUGAUGAACAGUAGUUUCGAGUCCUGUGAUCUUCUCCUGCUCCUAUUACUAGAAGUAGUGGUGGGUUGGAUCUUUGUCCAACACGACAAGCGCCACAUGCUUCCAUCACCAGCGAAUCACAUCAAUUGGACGUACACGCUUUCACCGACAAUGGACAAGCAUGUUCUGUCGAACCUCGUCCUAGUGCUACAGACCUUCGCCAUGGUCUUCGAAUGUGAACACGUUGUCGAGAAGGUGAUGCCGGUAUUCAUGGAGUUGGACAUCGACCCAGGAAACGGGAGCCAUACCCAUGAGUGGUGCCUCUACUGGGGAGGCGUGAGAGACGAAUGGGCUGGCCGUGUUCCUUGCUUGAUGUCGACAGCAAGUUCAGCAGAAGAAGCAGUAACCAUGACUGCCUCGGAGGUUACAGAAACGGCCCCAUCGGCGUGA